ACUUUAGGAUUCCCGCUGUGCCCCCUCUAGAUUUCUGAGGCGAUACUGCCAGGAAGUGUUACUAUGAUAAGUGGAUAUUUAAGGUACAAUAUUCAUUUCAUUUUUAAAAAUUCUUUCUCGUUCUCGAAACCAGAGCUGCUCUAGAACCUUUGUCGCGUGCUCAUGCGCUCAUGCCCAGUUCACCGGAAGCUGCCUAUGAAUUAUCGCUCGCUCUCUGUCAAGACUAUCAGUUGGUAAAAAACAAAAUGCCAGCUGCCAUUCAAAUCACAGCUGAACAAUUGCUUCGUGAAGCAAAGGAAAGAGAACUUGAAGUAACACCAAAGGCGCCCCAACAGAAAAUCACAAGUCUUUCAGAGCUCAGAGAUUUUCAACUGCGCAAACGAAAGGACUAUGAAGACAAUAUUCGGAAAAACAGACUGGCAAUGCAGAAUUGGAUUAAGUAUGCGAAAUUCGAGGAGAGCCAAGGCGAAAUUCAACGGUGUGGCAAGGCCUAUCGCCUUCUAGGCGAUCACCACCUCGCCCGUGUACACCUCGAACUUGGUGUCCAGUGUGCUCGUCAAGCGUUGGGAUCGAAGCAAAUUAGAAAGGAUUUACUGAUUUUUGCUCUGAAAGAACUCAUUGAAUUCAAGUUAGUCCUUGGUUAUUCCUACAUUCGUGAAGGCCUUCGAGGCAGAGCGAUCGAUGAGUUUGAAUCUUUACUCCAGUACAUAAAUGAGGUAUUUGAGCUGUCAUCCUUGGGUCAUCCAACACCGGUUUGGGCUUAUCACUACUUGGGGUCGGCCUUCAGCCUGUUUGCACCUGUGAACGACUCUGAGCUGCGCUUGAAAGUCCCUGUCCGGUUUUUAUCCGUGCUGCGCUUCACUGAGGGACAGGAGUUUAUUGAUUUGGACGGGGGAACAAUGGAUUUGUCUGCUGGAUUCAUACUCGCGGGCAUUUACUUUGCUGGCGCAUUCAAACGUUGGUCAGAAAUCAAAACUAGCCCCUGUCCGCUUCCUGACGCCACGCCAACCGAAUCUCAUGCUGUCAGCCGAGGUUGCUUUUUGAUUACGCUUGGUCUCCAUUGCCUCAGUCAUGCCACUUACUUGCGUAAAUCUCGUUUAUCAAAGUCCUCAUCUGGAUUGACGUUGGAUACACUGCUGCAACUUUCCGAAAGUUCUCUGAAGCAAGCUCUGAACGUUCUGGACACAUCCGCUGCGCUUGACCAACGGUUCCUGGAUGCACAAGAUGCUGACGAAGAUAUAUCAGAAGUAAUUAAAAUUUCUCGAAUGGACACAACCGAGGAACAACGAGUACGUGACAGACUAUCAAUCAAUGGGGUUCUACGAUCAAAGGCUUGGUAUGGACUGGCAAUGUUGCAUUCCGUCGUGGGUGGCGAUUUCGAUGCUCAAAUUGAUUACUGUCUAUGUCAGGCUCUGUUGGCCAGUCCUACCAUAACUGAAGGUGGUACCAGCCUUGCGUUAAGGUUGUUGCAUCAAGGACGAUCUCAGUUUGCCACUUCACUACUUGCGCAUUUUCAAGCCGCUGAUCCUGACAACUUCGCUGUGUGGCUUGCAUCCGCUCACCUGCAUGCCCUCACCGAAGCCCCGGAAACCAGACCAAUCACACAUGCCGAAUCCGACUCCUCCGUUCAAAUCAAUCAUGCAGUUUUGCAGGAUCUCCUACAAGCUGCCUGUUUGGAAGCUAACGUUCAAGUGUCCUUGCAGUUAUCGGCCAAUCUUUUGCCACUGCUGGUCGACAGUGUGUGCAGCGCUCACAACCGGAGAAAUUUGGCAGCAUCAACUCAUUUACAAAAGUCUCGGGCUUUCUUGCGCUUGGCUGUCGAGGUGACGACGGAAGCCCUGAGUCGUGCACUGGCGUAUGAGCCCCAGAAUGCACGUCUGUGGCACCAUCGUGGUCUGUUCUUGCAACUCGCGGGCCUAUCCAAACCGGCAGAAUACUGUUUUCAAAAAACCAAUCCGGAUUGGUCUGUCGCUGAUUUGUUGCUUUCUUUGUCUGGGGAAUACAGUCCUUGCGUUUGUGCUUCUUUGGCCGAAGCGUUUGCCAAAGGCAUCAUAUUUCUGCAUCAUCCAAGCCUUUCACAUCAGUUCGAUAUGGCUUUCAAAUGCUUGGUUGAUGAACCAUCACGAUUGGCAUCUCAGGGCUGUUCAGCUGCACUGUCCAGCUUGAAUGUAUUUCCUCAUGUCGGAAAGUGGCUACUUAUCCUCAGUUGUCUUGACCGUCCGGAUGAGACUAGUCUUCGAUGCUCUGCAUCCCUCCUAACCGAGCUGCUCUCGACUCCUUCCGUUACCUUUUCACCUUUACAUCCGCACUUGGUUCAGUUGUUGAGUUCUGCUGGAGUGAGUCUCAUGCACCUGUUCUCUCCACAGGACACCACUCUUUUCAAUUUGAGCAAGGUUUGUCGGCUCCGUCAUCAAGAUUAUGAAGAUACUGUUGAAAAUCCCGUGGAGUCAAUGCACACUGGCCAUGUGCUUUAUGAGAAUGGACAUCUUGAUGCCAGUGAACGAGCUGUAUGGAUUAUGAAUGAUGCCAUGCUGUCCACAUAUGUGUCGGGUUCCCGCGUGUCUUCCGGAUUGGCUUAUAUUUCUCGGUUUGUGGCUAGACGUCCCGAUGACCCGGUUCGAUGGAACGCGCUGGCCCACUGGGCGCUGGAACGAUGUCGGUCUAUGGUCGAACCUCCCGCCGACCAGGAACUUCGAGAGAAAAAGAGACUGAAAAGUGCGAAGUCAAAACGCUUCAGCUUUGAGUGGUCCGUAUUAUUUCAAGCUAUUGCAACCAGCUUGCGAUUGCAAUCCGAAAUACCGAUGGAUGCUCCUGGGGGGACAAUGCAUAUGGGCGAGUUGAAUGUAAACAUUGAUCGCCUGUCGGAAGUAAUAAGGGAACAAACAGAAGGUUGCGGCAUGUCGAUUGUUAUUCAUAUCUCCAAAAAGGUUCUGCGGGCGCUGUGUGGAAACUACCGUGGCAUCAGUCUGGUAGCUGUGAUAUCGGAGGUACUCUCCGGUGGAAUCCUCCAAAGGUUGACUGAACAAGGGGACAGCUAUGAAUACUUGACUCUCUUAAGGCACUAUAUUCCAACUCCCGCGGACGUAUGA